AUGUCGUAUCAACUGCGUCCCGCCCAGCCGCAGGACGACGCCCCAAGCCAGGUCGCGCCGACCUACAACCCAACAUUCACCGUCAGCGCCCCGUCCUACUUCUCCUACGCGCCGCCACAGCCUCAUCCUCACCCUCACCCUCACCCACAAUACCCUAACCUGCACGCGCCGCAACCCCCGCUGCCGCCGCCGCCGCCCGUCUAUUACGACCACGACGGCUUCGCGCGCACGCAGUCAUGGCUCGCGGCCCAGCCACCCGCCCCGGCCAUGUCGCCGCCCGCCCCCGCCAAGACGGUCGUCAGCGAGUGGACGUCGGCCUCGUCCACCACCGAGGCCAGCUUUGACCGUCGCACGCUGGGGGCCGGCGCGCCGUCGGCCAUGACCAUGGCCAUGCCGCCGCGACCGAAUCGCAGGGUCUGCGGCAUCAGGCGCAGCCAUUUCUACGUCAUUUUUGCCAUCGGCAUGUUUUUGCUUGUCGUGGGUAUCGCGGUUGGGUUGGGUGUUGGGCUUGCUUCUAGGGAUACGAGCGCACCAACACCAACAUCAACAACAUCGCCCGACGGCACAUCAACGCAAACAUCCCCCACACCCAGCUUCACCGGCAUCCAAGCCGGCGACACCGUUGCGUGCCCCGGCGACAACAACAGGGUAUACCUCUCGGCGAGCACAUCGAAGGCAUUCAACAUCCAGUGCGGGCAGGACUACAACUCCGCGGGCGGCGCCGUGGACCUUGCGCACAUGAUCAAGGCGACGCUGGCCGAGUGCAUCGACGCGUGCAGCGGGCGCCAAGACUGCGUCGGCGUCGGGUACGGCUCGUACGAGGGCGAGCUGACGUGCUGGAUGAAGAGCCAGCUCGGGACGCCGAAUACGAGCACCGAUGAUUGGGCGUUUGCGCAGCUGCAGGAUAUGAGCGAUGUGGCAUGA